CUCAACCAUCAGCAGGAGUGCUGAAAACCGAUCGGUCAGACAGGAGGGCCCUCGAUGACCCCCAGAGAGCCGCCUAAGACUCCGAUUGAUUGAACUUUGGCCGAGACACCACACGGUGCACUCACACGGCCGGCACUGAUUGUUUCAGCGGCUCAACACUCGCAAGGGCGGCGACAGACUUUGGCCAAAUAUUUCAGCCAUGACUCCGUGGCACUCGUCGAGUGGCCCUGCCCGGCCGGCUGCUAUCAGCGGCUGGUAUCUGCGUCGCUUCCGUGUCUGUGAAUUGAUCAAGAGAACGGCACCGAACGCUACUCGAUGGAAUUCCUGGAAACCGAACCAAAGAUAGCCACACCCGCACCCAAACCACUCCAGAGUGGAGUACCCGGGAUUAUGGCCAGAACUAACUGUUGGGAGCGGAGCAGCCAGAACUUGCCACAGAAAAGUGUGCAUCCCAAAAGGCGUCAAAGUUUUUAGUACGAAUCGAUCCAGAUAUUUUGUAAGCCAUGCGUUUGGCCAAAUGCUUGUGUUGCAUACCCCUUCGAGUGGGCGUGAUCCUGACGGGCUGUCUGUUCGGCGCCACGGACCUCAUAAUCGGCAGCUACGGGCUGUACAUGGUGAUUCGGCGGGAGUUCCCCGACAACGUGGUGGAGUUCUUCCGGACCAUGGACACCCUCACGUGCGUGGCCUGCUUCACGGGCACCUUCUACUUGAUGGCCUUCAACGACCUGAUGCUCAUCUAUGGCGCCAUCAGGAAAAAGUCCGGCUACAUUGGUCCCUGGCUGAUGGUCAACUUUGUGGUUCUCAUCUGCACGAUGGUCACGGCCCUGGUGAGCGGCAUAGCCAUCAUACGAAUCGGUGAGGCAGAGCCCCGACCACACGCCCCGCAUCGAUUCAUCCAUUCAUUGUUUCAGUCGUCCUCAGUUAUUGCAUGUUCGUCGUGAACUCCUUCUACGAUGAGCUCACGGAGGAGGACGAUUGAUUGGAGUUGGGAGCUGGGAGCUUUCCUCAAUGAAAUUAUCAGUUAAAAGAUUGCGAAUAAACUUUACGAAACUUGUUCCUACU